AACAUUAGCAAUAGCGAAUAAAAGCAAAUCCAAUUUUCACCGAGUGAGUUGUGUUUUUGAUUAGUUAUCCAUGCCAGCAGUGAAGGACCGACCAGAAUAAAACAAUAAAUGCUCUUCCACUAGAUGGCAGAGGAAAGCAUGAAAAUCCACCCUUUGCCAUUCCUACGUAAGAAAAAUGUCUGCGUUUAACUGAACCGGCCCACAUUUUACACCAAGUGCAUUUAGGAGUACAUUUAGACAAGAGCCUCAAUAGUAUACAGCAGAGGCUUCACGCUCGAUUUCAUUGUAUUCUGUGACCGAAUUUGGAAGCCAAUUAAACGUUUUUGGCUAAAACAACCUCAAAUGCCAUUAAUCUUCAGCUGCCACCCCCGUGGGUCGUGGUUUUAAGAAAUAAAAUGGCGCUGUUGUACAGUAACAUAAUAUGAGCGAAUGUAAAGAAGCAAAGUGCUCUUAUAAAGUCGACUUAGAAUUGGUCACUUCGCAUACGAGUCGUGGCUCAAAUUUGGACAAAUUCUACUUCUUGUUUUGCUGGAAUUAUUCUCAAGUGUUUUCCUUUCACUUUCAGAGCCGGGCGUUAUAUGGAUUUUGCAAAAGGAGGAUCUUGUUUUCCACAGCGACUUCUCUACCACGAGCCUUCGACUUUCACUUUCCCUCUUGACGCACUUGUUUUGCGCAUGCGCCAACACGAGCGAGACGGCAACCGUCACAACAGUACCGAGUAUUUCAAUUCUGUCUUAGGUUCGUCGUUUUUACUGUACUCUACCACAAUAUCUUGUCGUGUGACUUUAAGAGUUACUUUAAAAAACAACUCUAGUGUGUGUCUGUCUACCUGAACGUAACGAGUUUUGUUCGAAUCGAAAGUGAAAGUANGCCAUGACGGUGACAGGAAUCCUUUUGUGUGCAUUCUUCACGACCUGCGUGUGUGCAUCUGGGGUUGCAGAUGUGGUUCUUUCCUGUGAGUUCAUAGAAGACUCGGUGGGACUGCGCGACAACUUCGCCAGAAGUCCAGCCACCCUCAUCUUGAGAGAAGUCUUUGUUGGUUCCCUUGAAUCCCUUGAAGCGUUGACUCCGUUUGUCCCGCCGUCCAACUCGGAUCCACGUGUCAUCAUGUUUGAGUCCAAAGUAUCAUCAUUCAAGAUUCCCAACAUCGACAUUCUGCUCCACGCCGAUUGCAACGAGCGGGAGGUGAUGUGUGAAAUAAGCAGGUACGCUCCCCAUGGCUUGAAGGAAAGGUCAGAAUCGGACCAUUUCCUGGUGUCCAUCGACGUGGCAGGCGGGGCUUUUGGCACUUUGUUAAUCCUGCGUGCCGUGCCGCAAGCCGAUGACCAAACGAGCCGGAUGAAUCCCGAACUGGGCCUGCCUUUGAGCCAGACUGGAACGAUGCUAACUGAAGUGUUAUUUCUGGUGUUUUCCACUGUCAAGUCUCUGUCUGCACCCUUGCGAGGCGCCGGCCUCCUCAAUUGCGGCUUCAGGCAUCAGGACAUGUCGCCCGAUGAGGAAGUGCACAUCGAGUGGCGCCAACAACAUCGGGGACGAGGGCAGAUCAUCAUCACGAUGGCGACGAGGCUGAACGAUCCGGAAGGAGGCGCAAUGGUGCGACACUCGAGCAAGGACUCGAGUAUGGAUGGCGCCCAGGUUGUGAGCGAGGGCAACGCUUCUGUGACCCUGAACAACAUUCAGGUUACAGAUGAGGGCGCCUACAUCUGCUCCGUCACGAUCGGCCCUUACCAUGGCCAGCAGGUGGUCAAUCUCCAGGUUGUUCAAGCACCAAGUGUUUCAUUCUCAGAGGAAAAGCUCAUUUUAAAGGGAAAUACAGCGCAGACCCUAAGAUGUCAUUGUCGUCAAUACUACCCUCUGGAUGUUCAGGUGGAGUGGCUGUCACAGUCUCCGACGGACGAGGAGCCCGCCAUCUUUGCCGAUCAGGGCUCGCUGUCCAGCCACCGGAAGCAUGGCGACGGCACGUACUCGCUCUCGUCCCAUCUCGUCGUGCCCCCCGACGUGGUCCCCGGGACCCGAAUCACCUGCAGGGUGUCCCACGUGGCCCUGGACGCUCCUGUUUCCGUCAGUAUGCUGGUAGAACACCUGGAAGAAGAUGGCUACUGGUGGGUGUUGUCAUUCUUGGGCAUCACUGUGGUGUUCUUCUACCAGGUCAUCAAAUAGGAACUCUGAUUUAUUGAAAUCUCAAUUAAAGCGGGUUAUUGGCUGUAUUUUCUACAAACACAAGACAUUUUGUUGACUGGUUUUGUUCGAGCAACAAUAAUUUCAUUAGUGACCAGUUCCAUCAACAAUCAUCAAUGAUAUUCGCUCCAACCUGGAAUGUCACUGGUGAUUACUCAUGUGGAAUGUUACAACAUAAAUUGUGGAUUUGUUUCAACCUAAAAUGGUUUCAAAAUUGGUUUGAGUGGGGAAAA